AUGGCCAGUCUGUUUAUGUACAUCAGUUGCCCUCAGCUCAAAUUGAACUUAUCAGAAAGUGAAAAGCAACAGAGAGGAAAGACUUUUACACUACAUGCUGCAAAAUCUGGUGGCUUCUCAUUGAAAUCAAUCACGAGUAGGUGCCAAACAUGUAGAGGCAAAGGUGCAAUAGAAUGUUCAGGAUGUAAGGGAACAGGAAAGAACAAAAAGAAUGGGAACAUUUUCGAGCGCUGGAAGUGCUUUGAGUGCCAAGGAUUUGGACUCAAGAGUUGUCCUGUUUGUGGCAAAGGAGGAUUGACCCCAGAACAACGCGGAGAAAGAUAA